AUGUCGUCCUCACAAUCGAGAGGCGGCGGCGAGCGCAUGAUUCAUCAGGACUAUAUCGCUAGGAUACGAUACUCCAAUGCGCUCCCUCCACCACCAAACCCGCCGAAGCUGCUCGACAUUCCCAACACGGGGCUUGCGAGUGGCCAAUACACAGCGCCUGGCUUUGCUUCUCGUCUGGCGCGAGAGCAGCCUCUGAAUAUUGAAGCCGAUGCCGAACUCGGAAUGCCCCUAGACCUGGUUGGCAUGCCAGGAGUUUUUGAUGGCGACGAGAGCUCCAUUCAAGCUCCCGCCCAAGCACCGCCCCCUCAUCCCCGUGACCUUCCCCUCCUCCGCGGUAUCUCAGCACUCGGAAAGCCCAAGAUAGGCGACACGGCCGUUUCUUUCCUCAGGCGAACCGAGUACAUCUCCUCGGUGCAGGCGAAGCCGAAACCAACCGACAAUGUGUUCCUCAAGGCAUCGUCCGGCAACGCCCAAAAACGCCCCCAGAAGCGCAAGGCCUCCCCCGAGCCAGACAAGGGCACGUCUGCGUGGGUCAAACGGCGCAUCGAGAAGAGCUUCGACGUGGCAGCCGCCAACCUCGCCGAGCGGACGCGCGUCAGGCACCCCUCGAAGCGGAAUCUCAAGGUUGUCGACGCCUUGCCCAUUCUGCCCGACCUCGAAGCCUUCCCCGACUCGGGCGCGUACGUGACGGUCAAAUUCAGCAGCAACCCGGUCAACUCGACCGACUUGUACGACACGCGCCUGCUGUCGGGCAUCUUCAAACCCAUCGAGCGCACCGCCGCCGAGGAGCAGAUCUACGAAAACGCCCAAGCAGCCUGGGAGGCCGACCGGACCCAGCCCAAACCAUCGCAGAUGAUGAACUACGACCUCUUCCUCCCGGCCGACACGCUCACGGGCGAGAACUUCCGCACCAAGUUCGACGUGGACAACGCGGACCGCGAGAGCCGGUCCCUGUACACCAGCAGCGAAGCCGGCGGCAGCUUCCGGUUCCCGCGGGUGCGCGCGUACGAGACGGCGCAGGAGAAGGAGAUGGACCACGACAACAAGUACGACGAGGAGGUGAUCCUGGCCUUCCGCGACGACGAGGCCGCCGCCAAGGGUCGCGCCGACGACAGCGCCCACAAGGCCGUCUACUACUACCCCGUCAUGCAGCGCACCACCAUCCGCAACCAGCGCACCAAGAACAUCGCCCGCACCAUCGGCAUCACCGACGAGGAGGAGACCCACCUCGACGAGCUGCACGUCCGCAUCGACGAGCCCGGCGACGAUCUCAAGGCCGAGCUGCUGCGCUACAAGAAGCAGCCCGUCGGCGACCUGCCCGAGGAGGAGGACGACGGGGAUGUGGUCGAGUAUGCCGAGAGGGAUGUGGAGGAAGAUGGCCGCGGGCGGGAAGAGGCGAGCGACCGCGGCUCGGUCAGUCCGGUCGCGAACGGGGGGAGGCGGCAGUCCGAUGAGGAGGAUGCCGAGGGGGAGGAGGAAUAAUUGAGGAGACUAUUUUGAAAAUCUGAGAACAAGUGAGUAUUUUUAGGCCACUCAUUCGAGCGCGGAGUUUGACAGGUAAUUUACCAAAAUGGAUGGGAUUUAGACAUGCAACGUACCUAAUCCAAGAUUUCGCCAUGCGUGAGCCCAGUGAACCCAG